UAACAAAUAUGGCGGCGCCCAUUCGCUGUAAGUUCUAGUGAGGAGGAAAAGGACGUUCAAAACAAGAUUUAUAACUCAGUUUACGUAUCUGGACCGCCGUACUUUAUUGUCGCUUAGUCUCAGGAAGGUUUUUACAGUGAGACAUGGGAUUGGAGCGCCUUCUGUGUGGAGCUCUGGAGCGUUACAGCGGCCAGUUUAGACUCUGUAACAUUCAGCACAAAGUUCGGCUCGUUGCGUCAAAGUCGGCGGAGACUUCACCGACCAGCAGCGUGUCCACCCGGCUCAGCAGUGGUACCGGACUGUUCUACGGGAUAUUUAUCAACACAAGCCGCAGGUUGCCGGCACCCCGCCGCAGUUUCUGUACCUCCACCCAACCCUCCAGGGACGUCACCUUGUUCCAGCACGACAAAACCCGCUUCUUCCAGCUUCUCUCGGCCUUCUGCGGAGGACAGCUUCUUUUCUGGACGUAUUUGUCUCACUUCGCCUACACAGAGCUCAAAGACACGAGCGGAGCUAAGGGGAAGGCCAGGGCGCCCACCACCACCGGACUAGCCGGGAUGUGGAGUUUCGAGAUGAAUUUGGGCUCAAACUCCUGGAGGUACGGCUUCACGCUGGGAUGCCUGGUUAUAGGUGCGGGGAUAGCCGGGCUCGGAGCUCUGUUUUGUCUGCGCUCUGUCAAUAAGGUGGUCCUCCAUAAGGGUGGGAGGAUGGUGACAGUUUGCACACAGUCCCCUCUGGGUCCCGGACGAGGCAGGACAAUGACAGUCCCUCUCUCCCAGGUGGCCUGUCAUGCCCACAGACAGGAAUCUCCCUCCUUUAUCCCCCUCAAAAUCAAAGGAUACAGGUUCUAUUUUCUUCUGGAUAAAGAAGGAACUGUGAACAAUGCCAGGCUGUUUGAUAUUACCGUGGGAGCCUACAGGCCAUUUUAAUAUGUAGUACUAGAGCUGAAAAAAGGUGGCAGACUCCACUCUUCCUCAUACUGGGUUUUUGGUUAUUUAUCUUCAAGCACAUAUGUUUUCGUUCAGCUGCUCCCUUCAGUUCUUCAAGGAUCGCCAGUGAACAAGCUCACAUAAAAGAUUAGGCAAAUGUUUAUGCUGGAUGCUCUUUCAGAUGCAACCUGUACUCUACUGCAGCACUGACCACCAUGCUACCAUAGCACAGUUUCUU